AAUUCAAUACGUCACAAUCUCUCUCUGAAUCGUUAUUUCAUCAAAGUACCACGUUCCCAGGAAGAACCAGGCAAAGGCUCAUUCUGGAGGAUAGACCCUGCCUCUGAAAGCAAAUUAAUAGAGCAGGCUUUUAGGAAAAGGCGGCCUAGGGGAGUACCUUGCUUUAGAACCCCUCUGGGACCACUCUCUUCUAGAAGUGCCCCAGCUUCUCCUAAUCACUCUGGAGUGUUGUCUGCACACUCCAGUGGUGUCCAGACCCCCGAGAGCCUGUCCAGGGAAGGAUCACCCGUCCCCAUGGAGCCUGAGCCCAGUGCUAUCCAGCCAAAACUUGCCGUCAUACAAGAAGCACGAUUUGCACAGAGUGCCCCAGGAUCACCUCUCUCUAGCCAACCAGUUUUAAUUACUGUACAACGGCAGCUACCACAAACUAUUAAACCUGUCACCUACACUGUUGCAACUCCUGUGACAACAUCAACCUCCCAGCAGCCUGUAGUUCAGACAGUUCAUGUUGUCCACCAGAUCCCAGCUGUGUCAGUCACCAAUGUGACUGGAUUAGCACCAGCAAACACUUACACUGUCGCUGGGCAGGCAGUCGUCACGCAAGCGGCGAUGGUCACCCAGCCCAAGGUAGAACCUCAAGAGAAUGGAGACCACAAGGAAGUCAAAGUGAAAGUGGAGCCUCUCCCUGCUAUUAGCCAUGCUGCAAUAGGAGCUGCUAGUCGUAUCAUCCAGACAUCUCAGCCCACCCCCCUGCAGACAGUGACGAUAGUGCAACAGGCGCCGCUGGGGCAGCACCAGCUCCCCAUCAAAACUGUGACGCAGAACGGGACGCACAUAGUGCCCAUCAGCACUGCCAUGCAGGGGCAGGGCAGCGCCGCUGCUGCAAGUCCUUUGCACAUGUUAGCGACCCACGCGUCGGCGUCAGCAUCGCUCCCGACCAAGCGGCAGAACGGAGACCAGUCGGAACAGCAGGAACUCAAACGUAUCAAAACAGAGGAUGGAGAGAGCAUAGUCAUAGCUGUGAACGUGGACACCCCACCCGUGGCAGUGAGUGACAAAGGCAGCCAGAACUAGAAACUUAGGGGGGAGUUUUCUUUUUUUUU